AGUUUCCAGUUGCCAUGGCGAGUCCCAGGACGCGCAGGGUGCUCCAGGAACUGAAGCCCCAGGACGAGAACUCGAAAUGCUUCGAGUGCGGAACCCACAAUCCCCAGUGGGUUUCCGUGACCUACGGCAUCUGGAUCUGCCUGGAGUGCUCCGGCAAGCACCGCAGCCUGGGCGUCCACCUGUCCUUCGUGCGCUCCGUCACCAUGGACAAGUGGAAGGACAUCGAGCUGGAGAAGAUGAAGGCGGGCGGCAAUCGCAAUGCCCGCGAGUUCCUCGAGGAUCAGGCCGACUGGAACGACCGGGCGCCCAUCACGCAGCGCUACAAUUCCAAGGCUGCCGCUCUCUACCGCGAUAAGAUAGCCACCUUGGCGCAGGGCAAGAGCUGGGAUUUCAAGGAGGCGGAGGGACGAGUGGGCAGCAACAAUAGUUACGGAGGAGGUGGCGGCAGCUCCCAGUCGCGACCCAGUGCAACAGGUUAUGGCGGCAGCGGGGGCUAUCAGAAUGGAGGAGGCGCUGGAGGCGGUGGCGAAACUGGAGGCUAUCAGCAGUACCAAACGCAGGAGUUCAAGGACCAGAAGGAGGAGUUCUUCAGCAAGCGCCAAGUGGAGAAUGCCUCCAGGCCAGAACACUUGCCACCGAGUCAGGGCGGAAAGUAUGCAGGUUUCGGGUUCACACGCGAGCCCCCACCGAAAACGCAAUCUCAGGAGCUCUUCGACUCGACGCUGUCCACCUUGGCCUCCGGCUGGAGCCUCUUCUCCACCAACGCCUCCAAGUUGGCCAAUACCGCCAAGGAGAAGGCCGUCACCACAGUCAAUUUGGCCUCAACGAAGAUUAAAGAAGGAACUUUGCUAGAUUCCGUUCAGAGCGGAGUCACCGAUGUAGCCAGCAAGGUCACCGAUAUCGGCAAACGAGGCUGGAACAAUUUGGCCGGUAGCAACAUUUCGUCUCCCCAGGGAGGAUACAACGACCCGAACUUCGAGGACAGCGCCUAUCAGCGCUCCAACUCGGUGGGCGGCAAUCUGGCCGGCGGACUGGGCCAGCAGAGCGGCGUUAGCGACAGCGACUGGGGCGGCUGGCAGCAGGACAACGGCAACAACAAGACGCACCUGACCGGCUCCAGUUCGUACCACAAUCAGUUGAGCACCAGCGGCACCGCCGGCACCGCCACCGCCGGCCUCACCCGCGACGACGACUGGUCUGGGUUUGAGGCGUCCAAUUACCAGAGCGCGGAGACCUCCUACCAGAAUGCUCCGUCCGGCGGAUCGACCGCCCGCCGCAACAUGAAGCUGCAGGACACUUCGCAGAAGCUGAGCGAGGGCUUCGAGAAUCUGGACGUGAAGAAUGUGAAGCCCAAGCCGACUGCCUCGUCGGGCAACAAGGCCACCGCCGAGGACGACGCCUGGGACCUGUUGAUGAACUAGAAUCCGAACCGAUUGUAACGAUUGUAUUUUGUAUUCCAUUCAGUUGUGUUGUGUCUCCUUCUUUGUUACCUGUGUCUUGAUGUCAGGCCGAGGCUGCUGUGCGCGCAUUUAAUGUAACUAACUGAACAUGUAUUCCCCCAACUAACGGCGAGCUCCAACUUCAAACGUACAGUGCAACUAUUCCCGUUUAUUUCCACAGUUUAGACCAAUUUUGUAUAGAUCUACUUAACGAAUUACCUAGCUUAAAAUAUAUACCAGGAUUCUGAGGGAGGCGAGAUGAGAAAAUACAUAUUAUGUUAGCAAGUGUA